UCCUCAAGAGCGAGCUCAUAGGUCUCCAAGAAGUGCGUAUAAUGCUCGGAACGGCAUACAUACUCAUCAUCGGGUCCUCCGGGACCCUUGAUUUCAUCCUCCGGAUGAUCUUCGGUGGACAAAUGAAUUCCGAAAAAUCAACAUUCAACCUCUACAAUCUUCAUUGGUCAGCCCCCGAUUACUUUGACGCACAGGGCGAGCCGCCCACUCCUGCCAACUAUCAUGGCGUCUCCAGCUGCCCAAGCUCCACUCAUGCCCUCCCUAUAUGCCAUCCUCUCUCCGUCUUUCCACCAAACACUCGUUUCUCAAUUAUCUCUCAUGGCCAUCCAUUCUGAGCCCUAUCAUAUUCAGGACGACAUGUUCAUCUCGACGCUUGGUCAAGGCUCGACAGAACGGACUCUGAGAUUCAGGACCCAGACUGAGUCGCCACCCAAUGUUACACCACGGCAAUCCCGGAUAAACGGCGAGAUCGAGAUGAAUGGGGAUCUUAAAGGAAAAGGGAAAGGCAAAGCUCUGGAUGAGUUCCCCAAGUACUCCUUAGCCUACGUCAGUCCGGCGCUCAGUGGAAGGGAAUACGGAGAGAUGAAUGUCAGGGCAGUAUUGGGGAUGGACGUCACGGGAAUGAGCGAUAGAGAUGAGAUUUGGGACUUCGUUGAGUGUCUAGGACUCAGACAUUCCCACAGCUACACGCGUUCUGGGCUCUUAUUCUAUAUCCCUCUUCCUCAUCCUGCGUUCACACUUCGUCUCACCAUCACGCACCUCAUCCCAGUGGACAAUCCCUCUCCGAAAACAGCACCCAGUGAAUCCGAGUUGGGCCGUGCUCCACCAGCUCAGGCGGAAUUCAGUACCAAGUCCUCCAAACCAUACAUUGUCCAGCUCUCACCCUCUCGCAGCGUCCAGACGGUCCCGCCGAGAGGUGAACCAAGCCUGGUAGACAUCAUGAAUAUGAUGAGGGAUGUAGCGGGACGAGUGGACAUGCUGGACUGGGGAACAGGGAGAGAGUGAUGGAUCCACUAGCGAUGCAAGACAGAAUGCAUACAUGAGAGGGAUGCUAGU